GGAGGAGGGGGAGGUGGCGCGAGGCCGGGAGCGGGGAAGGCUGCGCCCGUACUUAAGCGCGCGCGGCCGGAGCCGCUGACGUCUUUGGGAUCGCGGACGCGCUGCUGCUUCCACUCCUCUGAACUCGCGGUCGGAAGAGGAGGAAGGGGGGAACGCCGGAGGUGCCAAAGUACAAGUGUCUGUCUAGAAUGCCCAGGCAUGCACAGCAGCUUAGAGACCAUGAUAGAAAUCCAUGUGUAGCGGAAACGGAUGCUUCUAGAAAAUGCAUGGAUGACAACAACUAUAACAAGGAUAUGUGUACUGCUUAUUUCUUGAAGUACAAAAGUUGCAGAAGAUUCUGGCAUGACAUUAUGAUGCAAAGGAGAAGAAAUGGUGUGAAACCAGAGAUGCCCUCAGCAGAAGAGAGAAAGAAAAUAUUGGAAUCGAUGGGGAAGUCCUACUGACUAGACACUUGCAUUGACUGACUGUUUUCACUGUACAUAUUAACUUAUUAGCAGCAAGUUGCCCUGUUAUGAACUGGACUUUGCAGUUGCCUUAUCUUGGAUUAAAAUAAGCUCCCAAAUUUUGAAGUGUGUGAACUUUAUAGGAUUGAACUUCCUGGUUUUAUCCAUACUCCCUGUCAUGGGAACUUGGCCUGUCACUGGAAGUCAUGGGUAUCAAUGUGACUUAGGUCUAGAAACUUUGGAAGUAGAAACUAACUUACCGUGAAAUGCUAAAAAUAAAAUUAUUGGGACUCACAGAGCUUGUUUGAAAGAAGGAGUGAGUGUUGUGGUGUAGUUUUAAGGAUGGAGCAGAUUGAGAGACCAGUAUGUGCAGUGAAUUUCUGGUAUCUAGCUAUUCUGCCUAAUAUUCUGGAUUUAUCAUGUGUGAUCCAUAACUAUUUUCACAUCAGUUGUAAUCUGUGUCCCUGAUAAGACUGUUCAUGAACUGAACAUGAUGCCAAAUCCAACAAACUUGUCAUUAGGUCUGCCACUGUGCUCAGAGACAGCAGAAGCUUGCAAUAAAUCAACUACACAAGCUUUGCUUGUUACAAGGUUAGAGAGGUUGAUGAAGAUAGAAUUGAACUCCUUAGGUCUGAACCGAAUAGUACCUUCUGGGGAUAGUAAAUAGAUACUUUGCUGGCAGGGAGGUGGCAGGGACUUGUAGACAUGUAAACGUAUACUCUGAGUGACAUGGCAGGUUUAACUAUAGUACAUCUAUGUAAGACUCUCCGGACAGCUGAAGCACUGGGUUUAGAAAUGCUUACUCAUACAAGACUAGAAAGCUCAGUUUGAACAGGUACUCCAAUAUUAAGUAAGAUUGUUUCCUUAACUAAACUGAAAAACUAAACAUAAGCAUGUUGCUCUCUACUGAAAACACUUUUUUUUUUUUCCUUGCCUCUAGUACCUUCUGGUGUCGUGCCUUGAAAGCUUUCACCCUGUGGUAAAAUAGAAGAAACACUGCCCUGAGCUCAGGUUCCAUGUGAAAUCCUUUAGGACUUAUG